AUGCUGAGGCUAGUGCUGUUGUUUAAUGUUCUAGGAAUAACUGUUCUUGGUGGUGAAAAUUCUAAGCGACUGGACCUCGGAAUUUAUGUCAAGUCAGUUACUGAAGGAGGUGCUGCCUGGAAAGAUGGCAGACUGAAGGCUGGUGACAGAAUUUUAGCUGUAAAUGGCCAAAGUCUAGAGAGAGUUACACAUGAGUAUGCUGUGUCUAUCCUUAAGAACGUCACAAGCCCUGUGGAACUUAAAGUAUCACAGAGUUCAUAUCUUGUCUCUUCAUUUGAUCUUUCCAAUAUUCCAAAUGCAAGCUCAAUCAAUGAGGAGCCCCCAAGCCUUGAAGUCAAACCUCUGACACCACGUGACACAACAACAGCUGCACAAGAGAACCGACAAAGCCAAACACCAAAAGACCCUUCUCCAGAGCCCCACCCUUCAACAUUAGCAUUUCCUUCAGAGGAUGAACCAGUGACAAUGAUUUCUAAAUCAAUUCCUCCAUCUGUAGUGUCAACUUCUUCAUCAGCUUCAGCAAAGCAGACAGACCGCAGACAGCAAAGGCAAGAUUUUGUUGAUUCACAAAAGGCUAUGCAAGACAAUUCCAGUUUAGAAUCAGCUGAUAUCAGAGAGCCUAAAACUCAAACAAGAGGUCACAGUACACCUUUUGAGGCAAAUGUCAUUCAAAGUUCACUAUUGUCAGCAGCUGUCCCAUUGGUCUCUGCAAGUGUUGCAAGCCCCCAGGGGGAGUCCCCUGGUGCAAGGCAGGAAUCAUUGAGUGGAGAUGAGAGUGGAGUCUACAGUGAAGAUGCCUUGCCUGAAAAAGCCUUUGUAGUUGACUUGGAGAAGAGAGAUGGAGGCCUGGGUUUGAGUGUCAGUGGUGGAAUAAACACCAGUGUCAAGCUUGGUGGAAUCUACAUAAAGUCCCUUCUUCCCAAUGGUCCAGCUGAUAUGGACGGCAGGAUACAAAUUGGUGACCGUAUCCUGCAGGUGAAUGGUAUCAGUCUUGUGGGCGUCACACACAAACAGGCAGUAGAGACUAUAAAAAUGGCUCCUUAUAGGACAAGACUUAUCCUGGAUCGAUCAGUUGCUGUUAAUGUUCCUAAGUCAUCUGGGAAGAAAACUAGGUCCCAUCCCCCUGACAAGCCAUUUGUGGUAGAGCUUUCAAAGGGUGUAGGAGGCCUUGGCCUUAGUUUGGUUGGUGGCAAGGGAGCUGGGGAGGAGCAUGGAGGUUUCCUAAGAAUCAAGAAGAUGUUUCCAGGGCAACCAGCAGCAGCUUGCGGUAAACUUCAGAUUGGUGAUAUUGUUCUAGAAGUUAAUGGAAAGGACAUGCAAGGUGUAACUCACCAAGAAGCCAUCAAUCAAAUUCGCAUGGGUCCUCAAGAAGUAAGGCUUCUUGUCAAACGAGACCCAUCCUCUAUUCCUCCCUCCCUGUUACAAAGAUCAGGCUCUAAUGCCAGCGAUGUGGACCCCGCACAAAUUCUGGCAGACAUCCAGAACAAGCUUAAAACUGAUCACUCACCAUCAUUGAGCAAGAGGUCUUCUGAUUCAUCAACUAGGGAAAAGCCUUUGCUUAGAGAAGAAGUUGUUAGGGUGCAAGAAGCAUCUGCCACUGAAGCUCCUGUUAGUUUGAGGUCUAGUUUGAUGACCAAUGAACCAGUAAAAUAUCCUCAUUUAUCAGAGUCCAGUCACCCUAACCUCACCAACAGACUCUCUGAACCAGUCAUGCAGGUUAAGAAAGAACACUACUCUCUGACUCCAACAAAUUCUCUUCCUAAUGUUGUAUCAGUCAGACCCUCUGAAAGUCCAAAAAUCAACCGACAAGCCGCUAUUCAACAAAGUGAAGAUGAAGAUGCUGAUGUAUCAUCUGUUGGUGAUGCUCCAUUAGCUGAAGAUGAAUCUAGUGAUGUUGAAGACUCAAGGAGGUCUUCCUCUGUUGACAUCAUUCCUCGUGAUCGUUCUAUUUAUGAUGAGGAAAGCGUGAAGGAGCUUAUGGGAAAGUUGUCCUCCAUUGAAUCCACAGAGGAGGAACCAGUUGAACCAGAAGUCACAGAAUCAACACAAAUGUCUGUUGUAAGCAGUGAGCCACCUUUGCAGAGUGAAGCCUUUCCUUCUCCUUCCUCAUCAGAGUCAGAGUCUGAGGAAAGCGAUGUGGAGGAAGCACUGAUGAUUGACAAAAGGGAGGAAGUGUCUGCUUCCACAUCAGGGGUUGAGGAUGACAAAGAACCAGCCAGCAUGACUCCUCAGGAAGAGAUAUUACACAUAGAGUUGGUGAAAGGUUCAGGUGGUCUUGGCUUCACUCUGUCAGGAGGGGCAAACACUGUAGGUGGUUGCUUUGUUCGUGACAUUGUUGGUGGUCCAGCUAAGGAGGAUGGCCGUCUUCAACAGGGAGAUCAGAUACUCAUGGUAAGGAAACUAUUCAAAGGGAAAGAACCUACAGAAAAGUUUAUUCUGUACUUUAGGGUCAAGUUUUAUGUGGAAAACAUUGCUCUUAUAAGUUAUCAAAAGACCAUUCACCAGUUUUACCUUCAGCUGCGGGAUGACGUAUUGAGUGGGCAGCUCUAUUGUCACGAGGAAGCAUCCUUUAAUCUUGGAGGACUUGCACUUCAGGCAGAAACAGGAGACUACAAUGAUACACUUGGUGAUGAGUACUUCCUUCCAGAACAUUACAUUCCAAGCAGGAUAAUAGACACGUUUUCAGUUGAUCAUGCUAUGCAAGAGCUGCCACGUGUCCACAAAACUUUCCGUGGUCUGUCAGAUGAAGAGGCAGAGCUGGAAUUUAUAAAAGAGGCUCAGAAACUUCAAGAAUAUGGAAUCCACUUUUACAAAGUACAGAGACGUAUGUCACACAAAGGAGGAACAAAGCCUAAGAAGAGCGAUAAGGAGACAGUUUGGCUUGGAAUAUGCGUCCGUGGAGUUACAGUCUAUGAGGCCCGUGGACAUAUGAAAUUCCCCACUGAUAGACAUUCUUGGCCAAUGACAAAAAAGCUCUCCUUUAAGAAAAAGAAGUUCUUCAUAGAACCAAGAGGAAAUCCUGAUCCACCAAAGAUGACGUUCUACACAAAUCAUUAUAAAAAGUGGGUAGAAGCCUGGGUUAAUAAUCUGAACUUUAGAUUUCUUGUUCCAUUGAGUUUGCAUUUUUCUUACUUAGAUGAACCCCAACACAGGGUGCAAAAUGGCUCAGUGGAACAAGCUUAUAGACAGUCACCAUACAUUAGAGAUCGAGAGCCUUCCAAAGAACAGCCAUCAUCGUUCGCUGAAAAGGGUCUUCCACGACAGAGAAGCGUGGAAAGUGACCAGUUACCAAAUGACGUUUUACGACGCCCGUCUAGAGAUUAUGAAACUGAAAGCAGGAGGCGGUAUUCAGCAAGUGACGAGUCAGAAGAUAGCAUGGUGUACCAUAUGCAGAAAGACUUCACACCGGAGGGACUGUCUGAAUCAUCACCGAGGCAGCUGUCGCAAGACAUGGAUGAUGAGAGAGAUGUUGAUAUGCCUUACGUUAUUGAUUCCACAUUAAACUCCCAAACACUGCAGCAAGUGAAGAACACAGAUUUGAUUGCUGAAUCUCAAGGCAAGGACAGUAGCAGUUCUGAGGUAUUUGCAUCUCCUGACCGGCAAAUUCGUGUUAUCAAGUUCAACAAAGAACCGGGAAAAUUAUUAGGAAUAACUGUUCUUGGUGGUGAAAAUUCUAAGCGACUGGACCUCGGAAUUUAUGUCAAGUCAGUUACUGAAGGAGGUGCUGCCUGGAAAGAUGGCAGACUGAAGGCUGGUGACAGAAUUUUAGCUGUAAAUGGCCAAAGUCUAGAGAGAGUUACACAUGAGUAUGCUGUGUCUAUCCUUAAGAACGUCACAAGCCCUGUGGAACUUAAAGUAUCACAGAGUUCAUAUCUUGUCUCUUCAUUUGAUCUUUCCAAUAUUCCAAAUGCAAGCUCAAUCAAUGAGGAGCCCCCAAGCCUUGAAGUCAAACCUCUGACACCACGUGACACAACAACAGCUGCACAAGAGAACCGACAAAGCCAAACACCAAAAGACCCUUCUCCAGAGCCCCACCCUUCAACAUUAGCAUUUCCUUCAGAGGAUGAACCAGUGACAAUGAUUUCUAAAUCAAUUCCUCCAUCUGUAGUGUCAACUUCUUCAUCAGCUUCAGCAAAGCAGACAGACCGCAGACAGCAAAGGCAAGAUUUUGUUGAUUCACAAAAGGCUAUGCAAGACAAUUCCAGUUUAGAAUCAGCUGAUAUCAGAGAGCCUAAAACUCAAACAAGAGGUCACAGUACACCUUUUGAGGCAAAUGUCAUUCAAAGUUCACUAUUGUCAGCAGCUGUCCCAUUGGUCUCUGCAAGUGUUGCAAGCCCCCAGGGGGAGUCCCCUGGUGCAAGGCAGGAAUCAUUGAGUGGAGAUGAGAGUGGAGUCUACAGUGAAGAUGCCUUGCCUGUGAGUGUUAAAUGAUUUUGCGAUGUAAUAUGUAUGGGUUAUUGACCAAGUGUGAGGUCAAAAUGGCUGGAUAUUGGC